AUCGCUGGCUGGGGACGGAGCCGGGCACCGAGGAGCGACAGGAUCCCGAGGAGGAGAGAGAGCGAAGGCAGCGAGGGAAGGAGGACCCCGGCAGGCAGCAGCAUGAAAUUCAGUCCAGCGCACUACCUGCUGCCUCUCCUGCCCGCGCUGGUCCUCAGCACCAGACAGGACUAUGAAGAGCUAGAAAAGCAGCUGAAAGAAGUCUUUAAGGAGCGGAGCACCAUUCUUCGUCAGUUAACAAAGACAUCAAGAGAACUUGAUGGAAUUAAAGUCAAUCUUCAGUCUUUAAAAAAUGAUGAGCAAUCUGCCAAAACUGAUGUUAAGAAACUUCUGGAAUUAGGACAGCAACAAAGAGAAGAAAUGAAAUCUCUUCAGGAGGCCCUGCAAAAUCAACUUAAAGAGACAUCAGAGAAAGCAGAAAAACACCAGGCUACUAUUAAUUUUUUAAAGACUGAAGUUGAAAGAAAGAGCAAAAUGAUCCGAGACCUCCAGAAUGAGAAUAAAAGCUUGAAAAACAAACUCUUGUCAGGAAACAAGCUCUGUGGCAUUCACGCAGAAGAGUCCAAAAAAAUCCAAGCCCAGCUGAAGGAGCUUCGUUAUGGGAAGAAGGAUUUAUUAUUUAAGGCGCAGCAGCUUACUGAUCUGGAACAAAAAUUAGCUGUAGCCAAAAAUGAACUGGAGAAAGCAGCUCUUGACAGGGAGUCACAGAUGAAAGCAAUGAAAGAGACUGUGCAGCUCUGCUUGACAUCCGUUUUCCGUGAUCAGCCUCCUCCCCCUUUAAGUUUAAUCGCGUCAAAUCCCACUCAGAUGUUACUCCCACCCAGGAAUAUUGCCUCUAAGCUUCCAGAUGCAGGGGCCAAAAGCAAGGUACCUACCUUUUAUUUGUGCUUUGUAAAGUAACAGCAAGUAAUGUGUUGUCUUUAAAGCCCAGUGUAUAUAAUCACCAGAGUGGAUUCAAGUAUGAUAACAACUCCAUUGAAAGAUUAGGAGGAAAAUGGAAGGUAGUAACCCAGCUUGUAAAAUGUCCAUAGUCACUGGAAGAAUGUUGGAAGGGAGCUUUUCUUUCAUAGAGAACCUAGCUGUUUCUUAGGCAGAAUCAUCUAACUGCUUAACACAAAACAAAAACUAAUGAUGUUGGAAUAAGUUAAAAGAAAAUAUCUUGUAUUACAUUGCAAUAAAUAUCACAGGUUUGAUAUGGAGAGUAUUUUCUGGGGUAUAAGUAUCUUCAGAAAAGUAUUUUUUUUCUUAAGUUCACAACUCUCAAAACUGGUUACACAUUAGAAUCUUAGUGUAAAUAUUUUUUAAAGUGUGCUUAGGCGUAUUUACAUUUAAAAAGCCUGACUCCUGGGAAUUUUUCCCCAGAUCUAUUAAAUUAGAUUUUGGAGGGGGGGUUAGACUCCAGUUAUCAGUAAUUUUUCAAAGUCCCAGGGGACUUUAAGGUGCAUUUAAGGACAACUCAUAUGAGCAAAUCUUCCUCCAAAUUCCCUCCACCAACCUACUUUAGACAAAACAAAUAACAUUUAAUGGUGCUUUUGUUUCAAUCUUCAAAAACUUAAAUUUGUAGGUCCUACACUGAAAUAAAUGCUGACAGCCAGAAAUCAUCUUUGGAGAAAAGAGUUUUGUUUUGGGCACUAUGUUGGAAAGAUCUAGUUCUCUGAUCACUUGUCUGAACUUCACUUGUUAUUCAAAUGAGUGCUAUGGAUACCAGACUGACUUCUAAAUGCAAAUCUCAAGGGUUGAGCACAGAAAAACUUAAGAACCACUCAUGCAAAUACCUAAUGAUGUGUUACAUCUGACUUUCUUACUGCUUAUUUCUGAGAUUUACUAUUUUUGAAUUAAAGUGGGUAGAUUAGGGAAAUGCUACUUUCAGGAUGGAGAGUCAAAUAAGUAGAAUGAAAUAAAUCUUCUGACGUACUGUUUUUAUCUGUAACUAGUCAAUUUAUGAACUACAAAGAUUUAAUCUGUGUGAGAUCCUUAUGUAAUAUUAAUGUUUCUCUUUUAAAAAUUAUUCAAAACAACAUAAUUUAACUUUAUUAUAUUAUUGUCUGUGUUUUUAUAUGUACUGAAGGACUUCUAAGAAUUUCAAAGCUGAUUUUUCUCAUUAGUUUUGUUCUGCCUUUUCACUGAAAAGUAGAGAUUCAAAGUGUUUGUUUACCUAACAAAACUCAGGCAAAAUAAGUACAUGAUAACGUAGUUUUUUAGUGUUCAUCAUGAAACAUUCCGGGUAAGUUCUUUGAAACUGGUCAUUGGUAAAAUGCACAGCUGCAGACCGCCUUACCCAUCUGUCAGGAAACCACACCCUUAGUCCUCUUAGUGUUAAGCCUCCAAAGGAUGAGGAAAGGUUCAGUCUCAUUAAGACUCAUGACUUUGGACAAAACAGCUUUGUAAUUUUAUGGGCACAUUAUAUUUGUUUCCAACUCAAAAUAUAUCUGUUUAAAGUCAUUAUUACAACUAGACUGUUUUUGACCCUGAAUAGGUGGAGGAAAUUACUAGUUGUUGCUGUAACUAGUUUUCUAUGAAUAAAUGUAUGCCUUGUCUUUGAAAUAAAUAAUAAAUAUUUAUUAUUUAUCUUGGCUUAUCACAGAAAAAAAGAUAGAAAAUCAUUUAGAAGACCAUAGUUUGGUGAUUGCCUAUUUAAAAAAAAAUAACAAGAAAGUUAAUUGUUUAAGAUAGAAUUUAGUAAGUCUAAUUUGAUGUACUACAGAAUGUUCUGUUUUACAAAGAUGUCCAUUAAAAGUUUGGAUGCUGUUUAAGUUUUGCUCAUAUUAUUUAUCUUUUUAAUAGUGGUAAAAUUGUAAUUUUUGUAUGCUUGGGACUUAAUCCCUAAGCAGUACCCUCACAAAUAAUAUUUUUAAAAUCUUGAAUAAUAUAAUGUGAUACAGGUGUGUAUAAUAAAAACAAACAUUUCAGUCAUGGAAUAAUUAUUCUCUAUAUCCAAAAAGAUGACUCAUAAAUGAGGAUAUUUGACUGGUUUCAAGUUCUUCAGAAUUGGCUAAAAAUAGCCACAGUGAUAUGUAGUGCCUGGUGAGAGUUGUAAGACAAUCCUAUCACAGGACCUCUUGAUGCCUCAGUUUCCUUAGUGCCAAACUCAGUGUUAUUGUGAUGUGAGUACUCAGAAUAAUAAUUCUUCUAAUUUUCCAUAGUAUCUGGCCAUCUUCAUCUAAUUUCAUUUGAUUUUUAUUUAGAGAGGUCUUAUUUUUUCCUAAUAUAAAUCCUUACAUUUCCCAGUAUGCAGUUUUAAGCAAUUUUCAGCUCACGUAUAGAAAAAGACAACAUAGUGACCAAAAUAUGUUAUUUGUUUUUUCUUCUAGGAGAUUGGGUAAAGCAGCCAAAUUUUUUAUUCCUGAGCAUGAAUGAGUCAAUAUU